UUAACUCCUCACCCCCACAAGACAAGGUGAUCGACAGCAGAAAGGAAUAGCAAGCACUGUGAUUAGCGAGCUCCCUUUCUCUUCUGAGUUCAAAGAAGAGAAAUGGGUGCUCCCUUGUCUUCCUGGCCUUGGCAGAAUCUGGGUGCCUACAAGUAUCUUCUUUAUGGUCCAAUUAUAGCCAAGGUGAUCAGCUCGAGGCCAUGGGAGGAGGAAAGCAAGGAAGGGCGAUGGUGCCUCCAUCUGAUGAUACUGUUUGCACUCAGGGGGCUCAUGUACCAGCUCUGGUACUCCUUCGGCAACAUGCUCUUCCUCGUUCGUCGGCGCCGGAUCUUCAAGGAUGGCGUUGACUUCAAGCAAAUCGACCAGGAGUGGCACUGGGACAACUUCCUGAUACUGCAGUGUAUGAUUGGAGCCCUGGCUUGUCUCAUCUUUCCAUCUCUGCAGAGCCUCCCUCGGUGGGACCUGAUGGGACUCCUUACAGCUCUCCUCCUCCAUGUGGUGUUCUCAGAGCCGGUGUUCUACUGCUUGCACAGGGUUCUUCACAGGCCUCACCUCUUCCAGAACUAUCAUUCUCUGCAUCACUCUUCUCAGGUGCCUCAGUCCUUCACAGCUGGAUUUGCCACGCCUUUGGAGCACCUCAUCCUGUGUGUGGUCAUGGGAGUCCCUCUUCUCGGAGCCUGCUUGGUUGGACGUGGCUCUGCUGGGCUCAUAUAUGGCUACGUGUUGCUGUUUGAUUUCCUAAGGUGCAUGGGGCACAGCAACGUCGAGAUCUUCCCGCAUGGGUUAUUCCAGUCUCUGCCUUUGUUGAGAUACCUCAUUUACACGCCAACGUACCAUAGCCUCCAUCGCAUGGAAAAGAAAUCCAACUUCUGCCUUUUCAUGCCUCUCUUCGAUCUACUGGGUGGGACAUUGGAUGACAAGUCAUGGGAGCUGCAGAAGGAGAUAAGCUCAGGAAAGAACGAGCAGGUGCCUGACUUCGUCUUCCUGGCGCAUGUGGUGGACGUCAUGUCGUCGUUGCAUGUGCCGUUCGUCUUCCGCAGCUUCAGCGCCCUCCCGUUCUGCACCAAACCCCACAUGCUUUUGUUGUGGCCAGGUGCGUUCGUGACCAUGCUCAUCAUGUGGGCGUCGUCCAAGACGUUCUUGCUCUCCUUCUACACCUUGAGGGGGCGACUGCACCAGCUAUGGGUGGUUCCGAGAUGGGGAUUCCAUUACUUCCUCCCCUUUGCUACGGAUGGCAUCAACGAUCAGAUCGAGCAGGCCAUCUUGAGAGCCGAUAGGUUGGGGGUCAAGGUUCUCAGUCUUGCAGCAUUAAAUAAGAAUGAAUCGCUCAAUGGCGGAGGGACACUGUUCGUGAACAAACACCCCGACCUCCGAGUUCGAGUAGUCCACGGCAACACCUUGACCGCCGCCGUCAUCCUCAACGAGAUCCCUUUAAACGUCCCCGAGGUCUUCUUGACCGGCGCGACGUCGAAGCUGAGUCGAGCCAUCGCAUUAUACCUGUGCCGGAAGAGAGUCCGUGUCUUGAUGCUAACUCUCUCCACCGAACGAUUCCAAAAGAUCCAAAAGGAAGCCCCGGUGGAGUGCCAGGAGUACCUCGUUCAGGUCACCAAGUAUCAAGCAGGGCAGAACUGCAAGACAUGGAUCGUGGGGAAGUGGAUCUCGCUGAGGGAGCAGCGGUGCGCGCCGCCGGGCACGCACUUCCACCAGUUCGUCGUCCCCCCGAUCAUCAGCUUCCGGAGGGACUGCACCUACGGCAAACUGGCCGCCAUGAGGCUGCCGCAGGACGUGCAAGGACUGGGAAUGUGUGAGUACACACUGGAGCGAGGGAUCGUCCACGCGUGCCAUGCCGGCGGGGUGGUGCACUUACUGGAAGGUUGGACGCAUCACGAGGUCGGCGCCAUCGACGUCGACCGCAUCGACGUCGUGUGGCGAGCUGCGCUCAAGCAUGGCCUCACGCCCGUCUGAUACACCCACGCUCGCCUUCUUGGUCGCUUCAGCCGAAGCGUUUGCCCACAUUGCAUGUACCUAUCGAUUGCGGUGGUGAUUCCACUGGGAAAAAGGAUUCGAAUACUUGUCUUGCUUGCUUGCUCCAAAGCUCGUGUCGUGAUGAAAUUACUGUGAUGUGAUUAAGGCCCCGAGGGCCAAUUAUCUAAUAAUGUUAAGAAAGGAAAUCUAUUCUGUCUUAA